GUGACUUCUACAAAAAUAACAAUCGCCUUGGAAUUGUAAAGAAGUAGAGGGUCACUUAACUUUUGUAACAUCCUGAAAAAAGUUGGGAACCACAGGUUUAGUUGAAGCAUCUCAUCAGUCUAGUAGCCAACUAUGAGCGUCUCAGAACUGAACAAGAGUCUGGCUCAGGCUGUAGAUUUGUUUGUGAUGACAAAGUUCAGUAACUGUUUUAAAAUCUGCACAAAUGUUAUCAACAAAGCCAAGUGUGAACCGGAACAAGAGAGGAACCAGGAAGUUAUUGAAGCUGCUACAGCACUGGGCAUCCAGGCUUUAGCUGAAACUGACUUAUGGCAUCAAGUUGUGGCAUUUAUUAAUGAAACAUAUGGCUCUAUUGAACACUGUCCACCUCGUAUUAUACAAGUCUGCAUUCUACUUCAUGCUCAUGUUAAAGAAUAUCUUCCUUGUCACAAAAUUGUGCAAAUGUGGUUAAGCAACCCACAUAAUUUAAAUCAUGAACAGUGUUCAAAGGUUAUUCGCAUUUACGCACAUCACAUACUAUGUCCAACUGGGUCUUAUGAAACAUUGAAAGAAAUCGUACACAGUUGUAAGUCACUCACAGAGGCCGAAAGGACUGCUCUGCUUCAGUUACCCCAAGCAGUGAGAUACAAUGAAGCUAAAAGGAGAAGUUUAGAAACCUGCAAUGAAGGCUUUGAAAUCCCUAGUCAGUUAAAUACAACUAAUAGCUUAGAACAUCUUGAUAAAAUACCACAGCAUAAUAGCUUAGAAAUGGAUUUACCAACAGACUCACAACUUGGGCUAGUCAAUGAAUGUAACAGCAAUAAAGAACAAAAGGAAAACAUUUCUUCUACUACAACUACAAGGGAAGGUGAUAAAAAUAUUCAUGAAAGUAAACUUAUGACAGCAUGCAGAACUAUUUGUAAUUUAAUAAAAAACUGUGUUUGGCAUCGUCGUUCAUUUCAUUUAAUUGUUAUGGCAACCUUUGCUCUGUGGUCAGUAAUUCAAACACAAACAGCUGAUCCUGUAUCAAGCCUGGGAAGACUAGUCACUUUGUGGAGAGUGUUUUUGCAUAGACUUGGUGCAUUUUUUGCUGGCAAUUAACCAUCUUCAUUGGUGUACAAAAUAACUUAUUUAUACUUUGCCUUUAACAUGCUGCUUUUACAGUAAAUAAAAUUGUACAGUAAGCCUUCCAAUAUUGA